UGCUGAACAUUUCUUUCUAUAUUGAAAGAACACUUUGAGGAGAGCUGCCUAGUCUUUGUUUCCAACUACUUUUGGAUUCCAGCACAAGACAAUGACUUAACUGUUUAAUACUGCAGAACUGGACAAGACAACAGCUGGAACUGGGAGUGGAGGGUAAAAAACAGUGACCCACUGGCCCCAUCCAUUUCACCAUGACACCAAGACCAACAUUAAAACCAACUAAAACACUUCACACCAACACCACAACAGCUGCUCCAGGCUUCCUGCCCUCUUUCCUGGACAGGAUUCCUUUGCCAAGAUGGGCCAUCUAUGCUAUAUUUGCUGCCGUCAUCCUGCUUAUUCUUAUCUUUGUGAUAUGCUGCUGUGUAAAAUGCUGCUGCAAAGGGAAAAAGAAGAGAAAGAAGAAGCUGGACCAGAAGAUCAGUAUGAAAGGGAUCUCAGGAACUACAACCGCAGCACUGGUCCAGCCUGAGACAGAGGAUGCAGAGUAUGGAUCAGCUGACCAGCAGAGAGGAAAACUGCAGUACUCACUGGAGUUCAACACAUCCAGAUCAGAGUUGUCUGUAGGGAUAAAAGAAGCUGCUGCUUUGAAAGCGAUGGACUCGGGAGGGACAUCUGACCCUUAUGUGAAAGUCUACAUCCUUCCCAACAAGUCCAAAACAUAUGAGACAAAAGUCUUCAGGAAAACCCUAAACCCAGUGUUCAAUGAAAAUUUCAAAUAUCAGAUCCCUCAGAAGGAGCUGACUGAGUCGAUACUGGUGAUGCAAGUCUAUGACUUUAACAAAUUCUCCAAACACGACAUGAUCGGUGAGAUCAGACUGAAUCUGUCCACUGUGGACUGGAAUCAUGUGAUUGAGGAGUGGAGAGAUCUGAGCGAAGCUUCCAAACAUGAGCAAGAGCAUCUGGGAGAGAUCUGCUUUUCUCUUCGUUAUGUCCCGGCUAGUAGUAAACUCACUGUGAUCAUACUGGAAGCCAAGAACCUGAAGAGGAUGGAUCAGGGUGGCUCCUCAGACCCUUAUGUGAAAGUUCAAUUGAUUCUGGAUAAGAAAAAGUGGAAGAAGAAGAAAACAUCAGUGAAGAAGCAGACACUGAAUCCAUACUUCAAUGAAUCUUUCACUUUUGAAGUGUCAUUUGAACAGAUUCAGAAAGUCCAGCUGGUCAUCUCUGUGUGGGAUCAUGACAAAAUGAGCAGAAAUGAUGCGAUCGGCAAGAUAUAUCUGGGCUGUGAUGCUACAGGAAACCAGCUGCGUCACUGGGCGGAUAUGCUGUCCAACCCACGCAAGCCUGUGGCUCAGUGGCACACGUUACUCUCCUCUGAACAGGUGGACACAACGCUGGCCUUGAAACACACGCUAAAGAUCCCAUUCACAAACAAAACCUUCUGAAAAACCUCCAUUACCAUUUCUUUGUAGCAAUGUUCACAAGAAUUUAAAUAAGUUAUACUGGAGUGUAAUGCCCAGACUAUAGACCAAUAAGAAUAUAUCUGAUUUCUUGCCAUUCUUUUUUGUUUAUUUAUAACAAUACAUACGCAUUUCAUUACUCUCUCCUAUGUUGUCUUCUUCAUCGUUUGUAGCUAUUAGCUAGUCCAAUAUAUUUUAGUCAAACAUUCAUAGAAAAGUCUAUUUAUAAGAAUGAUCUUCUUAAGAAAAGCAAAUUAUUUGUAGUUAAAUACUGCUGUAUGCCAUGUUUUCAAAUUAGAUAUAACAAUACAUUCAUUUUAUUUGUUGUAUUUAGCAUACGUUUAUCUAUAAGAUUGAUGUAAUGAUGCCACAUCACCCUAAUUUUUUAUUAAAUUAUCUAUUACUUCCCCAUAUAUGUAUUAGUUAGCCAAUAUUCACUAUUUAGAGAAAUUAUACUGAAUUUUAGUUUUGUUGUUUAUAUAAGUUAAGAACAUGUUUUUAAAACCAGCAAAAACCUUCUCAUGUUUUGAAGUUUGGGAUAAAAUGAUGACUGAAUUUUUUUGAGAUUUAAAAAAAAAAACCAGACACGAGACAGUUGUAUCAGGUUUGGUGAGUUCACACACACACACACACACGGGCAUGCUGAUUUCUCUUGUGACUACAGUAAGCACUAGAUAAGGGUGUGAAUAUCAGGCUGUCAGCACACAUGUGGGGCAAUUACAGCGUUAUAAUGAGGUUUCUUCCUUUGAGCAAGUUUAAAGAAUGCUAAAGGCUGGAGAAUUCAUUAGUUGCUUUUGCACAGUCAUGUUUUAAACACGGAGGUACAUUUUGACAUUUAAUUCAGAAUACAUUAUUUUAUGUCAUCAACAAGCACACUGGAAAAUUGUUGUGCACUUUUUGUACCUUCUUCAAGGUGU